UGUCAGCCUGCAACCAUGGCGGCUGCAUUGCUGUCAAAUCGGAGGUUUGAUAAAAUUUUGAAAAAUCACACAAAGUUUAUCAAAGCUUUUUCAAGCAAUGCAUUGGUGAUAUUAAAUAAGCCACAAUUAAACAUAGUUUGUAAACAAUGUGCCGCCUCAAGUUACUUUAGGUACUAUUCCUCAUCUUCUCCGAGUAAUUCAGGUGGUCAAGAUACAGCCAAAAAUGUGCUGGCAGCGGUUUUGGCUAACAAGCCUAAAACUGGGAAAAUUCCAGUUGGUAUCCAAAAGAGAGACUGCUUUCAUCCAGGUGCUUCUGUUUUGGCUCGUGAAGAUAUCAACCUCGGCGAUGCCAAGCCGGUCACAGGGAUGGACAUGGUGCGGGGGAUGAUGGAGUAUGUGUGGCCUAAGGACAACGCAAUGAUAAGGAACAGGGUGAUGAUAUCGCUGACGCUGCUGUUCGGGGCUAAGAUAAUGAACGUGAUGGUGCCCUUCCUGUUCAAGUACGCAGUGGACGAGGUCAAUCUGCUCGGCGUGUCCACGGUUCCCGAGGCCAUCUCCACGAGCGUCAUCAGCCUGUUGAUCGGCUACGGGCUGGCGCGCGCGACGGCGGCGGGCUUCAACGAGCUGCGCAACGCCGUGUUCGCGCGCGUGGCGCAGCACUCCAUCCGCCGCCUCGCCUGCAACGUGUUCGCGCACCUGCACGCGCUCGACCUGUCCUUCCACCUCGCGCGCCAGACCGGCGCCGUAUGUCGCGGCCCGCAGACCAUCGACCGCGGGUCGCGCGCCAUCAACUUCGUGCUGUCGGCGAUGGUGUUCAACGUGGUGCCGACGGCGUUCGAGCUGGCGCUGGUGGCGGGCAUCCUGGGCGCGCGCGGCGGCGCGGCCUUCGCGGGCGUGGCGCUGGGCUGCGUGGGCGUGUACGCCGCCUUCACGCUCGCCGUCACGCAGUGGCGCACGCGCUUCCGCGUGCACAUGAACCGCGCCGAGAACGAGGCCGGCAACAAGGCCGUCGACUCGCUCAUCAACUACGAGACCGUCAAGUACUUCAGCAACGAGAAGUACGAGCUGCAGAAGUACGACGAGAGCCUGCAGAAGUACGAGGCGGCGUCGCUGAAGACGGCCACGAGCCUGGCGCUGCUGAACUUCGGCCAGCACGCCAUCUUCAGCGCCGGCCUCAGCGCCAUCAUGCUGCUCGCCGCCAACGAGAUCGCGCACGGGCGCAUGACGGUGGGCGACCUGGUGAUGGUGAACGGGCUGGUGUUCCAGCUGUCGGUGCCGCUGGGCUUCCUGGGCUCCGUGUACCGCGAGGUGCGGCAGGCGCUCGUCGACAUGCAGACCAUGUUCACGCUCAUGACCGUGCAGUCGCGCGUCCGGGAGGUGGACAAGGCGCCGCCGCUGCGGGUGGAGGCGGGCGCCAGCAUCGAGUUCCGCGACGUGAGCUUCAAGUACGUCAACGGGCAGCCCAUCCUCAACAACCUCAGCCUCACCAUCCCCGCCGGCCAGAAAAUCGGCAUCGUCGGCACCUCCGGUAGCGGCAAGUCGACGCUGGUGCGGCUGCUGUACCGCUUCUUCGAGCCGCAGUCAGGGCAGAUCCUGGUGGGCGGGCAGGACAUCCGCUCCGUCGACCUCGCCUCGCUGCGCCGCGCCAUCGCCAUCGUGCCGCAGGACUGCGUGCUGUUCCACGACACGAUAUUCCACAACUUGCACUACGGCGACCUCAGCAAGUCCGCGGAGGAGGUGUAUCGGGCUAGCAAAUUGGCCGAACUCCACGACUCGGUCAUCACAUGGCCUAAGGGCUACGAGACGCAGGUGGGCGAGCGCGGGCUGAAGCUGUCGGGCGGCGAGAAGCAGCGCGUGGCCAUCGCGCGCGCCAUCCUCAAGGACGCGCCCUUCAUCGUGUUCGACGAGGCCACCUCCAGCCUCGACAGCCUCACCGAGCACGCGAUCCUGCAGGCGCUGCGCGCGGCCACGGCGGGGCGCACGUCCAUCUGCAUCGCGCACCGGCUGGCCACGGUGGCGGACGCCGACCUCAUCCUCGUGCUGCGGCGCGGCGCCGUGGCCGAGCGCGGCUCGCACCGCGCGCUGCUCGCCGACCCCGCCUCGCUCUACGCGCGGCUCUGGCGCCAGCAGAACCGCGACCCGGCGCCCGCGCCCGCGCCCUAGCGCCCCGGCGCCCCGGCAGACCCUGCGGCAGGCCGGGCUCAGUAGAGAUGUAGAAACUUUUCAUUAUAUUUAUCUUUAAAAAAUCAGAUUGUCGCUUUUAAAUUGAUGGAUGAUGGAAACCGAACGUUCGGUGUAAUGUGAAACACCAAGAAGUGGAAUGACUUCCAGAAUUUAUGAGACAAUUUGAAAUAAACAUAUAUGAGAGUAACUGAAAAAGUCUCACGCAUGGUGCUAGUGCGUUUGUUCUUUUUCUGUACGGUAAUCUCAUUCAAAUCUCCAAAUACAUUUAUUGUAUUUCUGAUAAGCAGCGGCUCCCCUUGCAUGUAAAUUGUGCUAGAUUUUUUAUGCUAGAUAGCGAAGCGCGCUCACACUCAUCAAGUUCGUACCAAAACAACAUUUCAAAGUAAAACAGCAUCUGAAAAUCAUUCCAUUCUGAUAUUUCGUUUAGAACGCGUUACGUAUUUAAAAUGACAUAUUUGAAAUAUUUUGUUACAUUUUUGCUCCACAGAGAGUGUUUACCGAAAAUCUGUAUAAAGUGAUAUAAUUGUAUAGUCUUUGACAGAUUCCUUACCGACAAAUGUUAAGUUUAUUGAAGAUUUAAAUAUUUUUUAUUUAUAUUUAUUUUAUAUCGAAGCUGAUUUCAAAACAUGAUGCAAACAGUUUCAAAAUUGGAACAUAUUCCAUGUCUAUGGAAGAUGCGUUCCCGGCUUUCAGAAUAUAUAAAAAAUAUAUAUUACACUCAUAGAUUUAUUUCCAAAAUUAGUUAAUACCCACAUACAGCAUUGUUUUAAUCAAGUUAUGGCUUUGAAAAAGACAGUUGUAUAGUAAUCUAUUAUGUGGAAUUCAAAUAUGGUAUCUUUAAAUAAUUACAGAUUUAGUUAUUGUAUUUGUUAACAUCAUUUGUUUUUAUUUAGUGAAUAAAAUUUUAGAAAAAAAAAAUAUUCAAUUUGUUUAAAUGUACAUAAUAUUAUAGGAUGUAAAGGAUUUUUGCAUUGGAUAUCGAUUACAGCUACUAGUUUUUUGGAGAAGCAAUAAAAUAAAAAUAAUAGUGUUUAUAAUAGAAUGGAAGUUCAGUUUAUUUCAAUAGCCUUUUGACAAAGCAAUGAAAAAAUGAAAUGUAUAUAAAAGUAUCCUGUACAGUCUGGUGUUAAGUAAGUAUAUUAUUUUGUUACCAA